UUACAAAAUGUACAUGUACCAGUAUUGUAACUACAACAACUAACAUUAAUUCAGCCCAAAACUCUGACGACGAUGAGGUUUCCAGCCAUGCAGAUAGUGAUGAGGACUACCAACCCUCAGAUGAUGACCAGAGUUCUGAUGAUAACAGCGAUGAAAAGAUGACCACAUGAACUACCGUCUUAAUGCAAAAGCAACCCCUGAAGAACAGAAGCAGUUCCUUGUAAGCGAGUCAGCCCUAGCAGAGUUAUUGUCUGUGUGCAGAUAUUGCAGUAGUGAAGCUGUUCCUGUGAUACAAGUAUCCAGAGGUACCCUAAUUGUGACAAACUCUGUGUGUGUAAAUGGACAUUUGUCGAUCUGGAAAAGCCAAUCCAUCCACAACAGCCUACCAUGGAGCAACCUAAUGACAGCCACAGCCAUUAUGUUAAGUGGGUGCAACGCCACAUCAGUUCUCAGGAUGUUUGACCACCUCAAUGUCCAGAUGUUUUCAAUGAGGACUUAUAACAGACUGCAGUCUUUAUAUGUUUCACCAGCAGCUACCAUGGCCUGGGAUGCCGAACAAUCCAGUUUGCUAGACCAAUUGAGAGGGACUGACGUAAUAUUAGGAGGUGAUGCAAGGUGUGAUUCCCCAGGUUAUUCUGCUAAAUAUGGAUCAUACACCCUAAUGAAUCUACAAACAAAGAAAAUCCUUGACUUCCAAUUGAUACAGAGCAACGAGGUGAAAGGUUCAACUCACAUGGAACUAGAGGGCCUGAAGCGUGCUCUGGGAUUUCUAAAAGACUACGUAAAUAUUAAAGAAGUUGUGACAGACACAUUAUAUAUUAUAUAUAACUUUUACAUAUGAUUUAUAUUGCUGAGUUUGCAGUCUUUGAUCAUGUUGAUUUUUGUGAAGGAAUGCAAACCUUGAUUUUUGUUGAGCAUUGAAAAACAAAAACUUUUAUAAGGUACACCUUUAUUAUUUUACUUCUUCUCUAAAACAGGAUCUACUGUGCAAAGACAAAAAGUCCAUAUUUUUAUUAAUACAAGUGUUUCAUUCAUAUAGUUGCCAAAAAAGUAAUCAGUCCAAACUUAAUUUAUACAACUGCAUAUUUGAUGUCACAGUAUUCUUCAGAUUGGAAACUGUCCCUAAUCAAUCAAAAAAGACAUGAAGAUCAGCCAGGGCGACAAAAACAUCUUUUUGACGUAUGGCAUGUAGCUAAUGGAGUAUCAAAGAAGUUAGAGGCAGCAGCAAAAAAGAGUGGUGGCAAAGACAUCCGUCCACGGAUUAAAUCCAUUGUAAACCACAUCUAAUUGAUUUCCUCUUCUUGUGGAUCGGAUGGUGAUUUGAAAGCAGCUAAGUGGUUAUCCAUUAUGAACCACAAGUGCAACAGACAUGAAGGGCACUCCAGCAUCUACCCGAAGUGUGACCAUGGGGAAUUAUCGCAAGACCGUCAAUGGCUUGAAGAAGGUUCUGUGCCAUAUAAGAGAAUGAAAGCUGUCAUUGAGAGCAAGUUCCUUCUUACAGAUGUGCCAAAGUUAUCCCCAGUAUACCAGACCUAUGCCUUGGAGGUUUUCCAUUCAAUGGUGAACAACUUUGCACCAAAGAGCACGCACUUCUUCUAUUCAUCUAUGCUUGCAUGGUUGUGUGUUGCCGCAUUACAAUACAACGAGAACUGCAACAGAGAUAGAGCUUUUACAAAAGAUGGUGUGCAAUGCUUCAGCAUGGUUUAUCCCAGAGCAAAGAAAGGCAAAGAAGCUGUAGUUAAAUCCAGACAUUCACCAGCUACAUAUGAUUAUGUUUUACUGAUCAAGCAAGCUGUUGUUUCUAGAAGGGAACAUGAUUGCUCUUCAUAUUCAAAUGCUGCAGGUGAUGUACAGAUUCUUCAAAACCACUUUCCGGUCAGUUUAACGCAGACAUUCGAGCCAUUCCAAAAGGCAGACCUCAUUGCAAGACACAGGUCCAGAUUUUAGCGAUAAGAGCAAAAUUAUUGAGAACAGUUAAAUGUUGUAGUCACAUUGAAAAUUGUUAAGGAAAUCUAUAAUCAAGGGGGUGGGGGUGGGGGGUUAACAUAAUUUUGUCAUCCUAGUCUAAUGAUAAAUCAAAAUAAAAUUCCAUUUGACAAGUAGUUAGAUUGUUCAACAGGAAGAAUGUCAAAACCAGUGUACUGAUUUUGUAUUAUAUGCAGUGGAUGUUCACCGUAAACUUUUACAUGUGAUUUAUAUAGAUGAGUUUGCAGGCUUUGAUCAUGUUGAUUUUUGUGAAGGAAUGCCAACCUUGAUUUUUUUUUAGCAUUGAAAAACAAAAACUUUUAUAAGGUACACCUUUAUUAUUUUACUUCUUCUCUAAAACAUGAUCUACUGUGCAAAGACAAAAAGUCCAUAUUUUUAUUAAUACAAGUGUUUCAUUCAUAUAGUUACCAAAAAAGUAAUCAGUCCAAACUUAAUUUAUACAACUGCAUAUUUGAUGUCACAGUAUUCUUCAGAUUGGAAACUGUCCCUAAUUUUUUUCACAACACAUGCAGGCAAGAUCUUCCUGUUAUGACGUCCCAGACGAUGCCAUAUCCACUAAACAAAUCUUCUGUAUGCCAUAAACCUAUAUUUCCUACAAAACAAAACAUCAAUUAUGUUCAUAUACAACUUUCAGUACCUUACUUUUAACUGAUGUGUGAAUAUAUUCAUCAAGCAUACAAUGUAAGUUAAGAAAAAUUUCUUAUUAACAAAUAAUCUUUUUUUCAUUUUUCGAAAGACCAAAACAUUUUAAUUCCAUUGUACCUUUUGUCAUUUUGUAUUGUAUUAAGGUUAAAAAGAUAUAUUUAGGAUUGAUACAUACUACCUAAGGUGUACUGCCAUGUAUAUAUUUUCUAACUUUGUAUAUUAUUAUAAUGACAUGAAAGAACUAGGGCCUUUCUACAUGUUCUAUAUGCUGUGAAAUAUAUUAUAUAUAAAUAUAUUGUAUCUGUGAUAUUUGAAUGAUGAGUUAAUCUGUGAUAUUAAAUUAUUAUUUAGUUCA